AUGCUGUCCAAGCUCUUCUUAGCUUUACCGCUCGCCUCGACUUUAUUGGGAGCCGCCUCGGGCGCCGCCAUCGCCAAGCGUGGCAGCGGCGUCGACCCCGCCGACUUCAGCUCCGAAGGCCUCGUCGCCAUCGGCCAGUACUCGGCUAGUCUCCGCGACAAGAACGGCGAGACGAUCGGCGGCAUCGGAUCGGCAGGCGGCCUCGUGCCCGGCAAGUUCUCGCGCAGCGGAAACACCUACUCGGGCCAGCUCUACCUCCAGCCCGACCGCGGCUACAACGUCGAGACCACGAUCGACUAUGUCGCUCGUCACCACACGUUUGACUUCCAGUUCUCCGAAUACACUGGCUCGGCGAACCUCUCCUUUAGCCAGGCGAGUAAGCUCUUCAACAUCACCUACCGUGACUCGCUCUUCUACCACGAGACCAAUGGCAAGAACACCACUGGUCUGGAUCCCACUGCAGCCAGGACCGGUGGCCUGAGCGGGUCCAGCUCCUCCGACGGUCCGCUCAGCGCCGCCAACACGCCCAAGUCUUCGCUUGCUCUCUCCUUCGACACUGAGGGCUUCUCGGCCAACCCCGACGGCACCUUCUGGGUUUCGGAGGAGUACACUCCUGGCAUCUACAAGGUGGCUGCCGACGGAAGCAUCAUCGCGUAUAUCACGCCGCCCGAGGCCGUGCUGCCGCGCAUCAACGGCAAGUACAACUUCACCUCCAAGGCAACACCCGAUUCGGGCCGCAGCCCCAACGCCGGUUUCGAGGGCAUGGCCGUGUCGUGGGAUGGCAACCAGCUCUUCGGCGUGCUGCAGUCGGCUUUGGUCCAGGACGGCGGCGACGGAGCUCCGUACGUGCGCAUCUUUGAGUGGGACAUCUCGUCGCUCUCGGGCGUAACCUCGUACCAGGGCGGUGCCAACCCGGGCGACGGCGUCAAGCUCAUCGCAGAAUACGCGUUCAAGGUGCCCACCUCGUCCAAGGGCAAGGCGCGCAACGUCAACGACCUCUUCUACCUCGGCCACAAGACCGUCGGCAUCCUCGUGCGCGACGGAAAUGGCUUUGGCAGCGACGACAGCGGCGUCAAGUACAAGAGCAUCGACAUCCUCGACCUCUCCACCGCCACCAACCUAGCCGGCACCAAGUACGACAGCGCUUCGGGCGCCAUCGCCCCCGGAGGCAAGCUCGCCAGCGGCAUCAACCUCGCCGCCUACUCGAGCCUCGUCGACUACACCUCCGACCUGCCCAGGUUCGGCAUGCACAGCUCGGGCAGCCCGGUCGACCCCACGCUUCUUGCAGCCAAGAUCGAGAGCCUCAUCCUGCUGCCUACGCUGCCGGCGUCGGACAACGACAGCAGCUUCGACCCGGACGAGUACUAUCUCCUCUCGUUCAGCGACAACGACUUCCAGACCAAGGACGGCUACAUGAGAGCAACCGGCGCCUACUCGGCCGCCUACCCGCAGGACGUGCCCACCCAGCUCUUCGUCUUCAAGGUCAAGCUUCCCGGCGUCAACAGGAGCGACAUGCUCGGCCGUCUCGGCCUCUCCGCCUGA